UUUCCUCUCCAACCGGUACACUCUGUUUCAAACCAUCCAAGGAACUCUUGUUUAACCCUCUGUCGCUCCCUGAACCAAGCCAUGCCCAUCGCAGAGCUCUUUCUUGGCGCCCUUCUUCCUGUUCUGUUCGAGAGGUUGGCCUCUCGCGAGCUGCUCAACUUCGCGCGGGGCGCGGGGAUCCAUACGUUGCUGAAGAAAUGGGAGAAGAUGCUGAUCAAAAUUGACAAGGUGUUGUAUGAUGCCGAGGACAGGCAAUUGACCGGCGAUCCUGAGGCGAAGUUGUGGCUCGAAGAUCUCAGGAACUUGGCCUAUGACAUUGACGACUUGCUUGAUGAGUUCGCCACAAAAUCCGCAGAAAACAAAUCCAAGGCAGAACCCAGCACUAGCAAGGCCCGUUCCUUUCUUCCAAGUUGUUGCUUCGGAUUGAGCCCGAGAGCUAUUAUGCUCGAUCGCAAAAUGAGAUCCAAGAUAGAAGAUAUGGACAACAGAUUACAGGAGAUCAUAACUCGCAAAGAUAGUCUCAACCUCAGAGAGAAUAAUGGGCAACGAUCAGCACACAACCGACUGGAUAAGCUGCUUCCCACCACGCAUUUGCCCGAGCCUUGUUUUGUCAGUAGGGAGGAUGAAAAAAGAAAGAUCCUCAAAUUACUAACCGGAGAACAAGGCGAUAUAACAUGUGCGGAUCCAAAAGUGAUUCCCAUCGUAGGGAUGGGGGGUGUUGGGAAGACUGCUCUGGCUCAACAAGUCUUCAAUGACACUAGAGUCACCAGCUAUUUCGAUGUGAAAGCAUGGACUUGUGUUUCCGAUAUUUUCGACGUGCUUGCUAUCACGAAGAGCAUCAUAGGGACAACCAACAGCAAUUUGUCAUGUGAAGGAAAGGACUUGAAUUGGCUUCAAGAUAAGCUCAAGGAAAACCUAUCGGGGAAGAAGUUUCUUGUCGUUCUUGACGAUGUUUGGAACGAGAACUAUGGAAACUGGACUACCCUAUUGAAGCCUUUUCAAUCAGGAGCGAAGGGAAGCAAGAUCAUCCUCACCACUCGUAACAGAGGUGUUGCUUCAUUAGCCAGUGCUUCACCGUAUUAUCUGAAAGAGUUGUCACAAGAUGCUUGCAUGACUUUGUUCGCAUUUCAUGCUCUCGGAGUUGGAAAUUUCGAUCGUCAUCCCCACCUUGAAGAAUUGGGACGGAAAAUAGUGGAAAAAUGCAAAGGGUUGCCAUUAGCCGUGAAGACAUUGGCUGGGUUGCUACGCACCAAAGAUAGUCCCCAUGAAUGGGAAGCCAUAUUGAACAGCAAAAUUUGGGACCUGCCAGAAGAAAGUAAUGACAUCCUUCCCGCUUUGAAACUUAGCUAUCUCCAUCUCCCUUCCAAUAUGCGGAGAUGUUUCGCUUCAUGCGCUAUAUUUCCCAAAGACUAUGAAAUCGAACGGGACGAGUUGAUUCACUGGUGGCUUGGGGAGGGCUUGCUGGAGGGAAAAGAAGGAAAGAACCAUUGGAGUACAGGUUUGAGAUUUUUCAAUGAGCUAGUAUCUAGAUCGUUACUCCAAAAGUCAAGUAGCAGCGAAUCACUAUUCUUGAUGCAUGAUCUUGUGAAUGACCUGGCAAAAUUAGUUGCCGGUGCAACCCAUUUUAGCUCGGGGGAGCUUGAGGGUGAUCAAACUGAUGCAUCUUUUGCUCGGCAUGCCUCAUUCAUUCCCACCAAUAACAUUGUGCCGGAAAGAUUCAAGAUAUAUCAUCGAAUGGGGGGACUAAGGAGCUUCAUAUCACUAAGGAAGCAAUCUAGGAGUUCCUUUUUGCCCCAGGAAGUGCUAUGUGACUUGUUGUUGGCAUUAAAGCACUUGAGGGUCCUUUCAUUAAGUCAUUAUUUCAUUAGAGAGGUACCAGAUUGCAUUGGCAGAUUGAGGCACCUCGGGCACCUUAAUUUGUCACAUACUGAUAUUGAAACGCUUCCAAAGUCAGUUGCUGCAUUGUACAACCUAGAGGCUUUGGUGUUGCGGGGCUGUCGCUGGCUUAUCAAAUUACCCGAAGGUAUGGAGAAACUUAUGAAUCCGAGAUUUCUCGAUAUUACCGAUACUCCGAAACUAGGAGCAAUACUGCAUAUAGGUAAUUUGGAGGGUCUUGAAAUGUUAUCCAUGUUUGUAGUGGGAACGGAAAAUGGGUCGAGAUUGAAGGAGUUAAAAAACCUGAACAACCUUCGAGAGGAAUUGUGCAUCUCUGAUUUGCAUAUGGUUCAAGAAGCCACAGAUGCCAACGUUGCCAAUUUAUGCGUGAAGAAGGGAAUAUGCCGAAUGGCCAUGCAAUGGAGUGAAGAUUUUGCAAAUUUCCGGAACGAACAGCUUGAAUUAGAGGUCCUCGACUUUCUUCGCCCUCACCGAGGCCUUGAAAAUCUCGCGAUAUCCUACUUUGGUGGCCUACAAUUCCCACCAUGGUUAGGAAGUCCCUCCCAUGUUAACAUAGUGUGUUUACGUUUACAUGGGUGUCGUAGGGCCGAAGCAUUACCAUCACUCGGGCAGCUAUAUUCGCUGAAAGAACUGUACAUCGAAGGUUUAAAUGCAGUAGUCAGGGUACGCCCCGAUUUUUAUGGAAGUAACAGCCCUUUUCCGUCCUUAAUAACUUUGGAGUUCAAGGACAUGCCGUUGUGGGAGGACUGGUCUCAAUGCGUCGGGACUGAAGAAGCAGGAGUUUUAUUCCCUCGCCUUGAACAUCUCAUUAUUCGGGAUUGUCCUGUGUUGAUGGGAAGAUUGCCUAGUCAACUAAGCUCCCUCGCAAAGCUCGAAAUCGACUCCUGUCCGCGUAUGGAUGCUUCGCCCUCUAUCAUUAGCCUUCCAUCUCUCAAGGAAUUAAGCUUUGGAGGCUGUAACGUGGGGGUGCUGAAGAGGUUGGUAAACCUGACAUCUGUAACCGCUCUAGUCAUAAAAGAUGUCGCUGGGCUAACUUGGUUAAGUCAUGGGUUUACAAGCUCCUUGGUCAAGCUGGAGAUGUUGGAGAUGACAAGUUGCAAAGAGUUAAUUUACAUGUGGCAGGACAGAGAUGUGAUUCGAGAUCUCAUUUGUCUAAAGAGCUUACUCGUCCAAGAAUGUCCUGGACUCGUAUCUCUUGCAGCUGGAGAAGAAGAUAUAGAGCUGCCCGUCAACCUCGAGACUAUGGAAGUGGCAAGUUGUGACAAUUUGGAGAAGCUCCCAAGCAAGAUGCACGCCCUCUCCUCUCUGAGAGAUUUGGCCAUUGAGAAGUGUCCAAAACUCGCAUCAUUUCCCGAAACAGGUAUACCGACCUCAGUGAUAUCAUUAGAAAUCAGAGACUGCGAGAUGUUGCAAUCUUUACCCAUCAUAGGAGGAUUAAGUAGUCAUCCGGCGGAACCAAGCAGCAGCAGCAGUAGUAGAAAUAACCACGUUGACCUGACGUCUUGCCUGCAAGAAAUAAGAAUCUGGAGAUGCGAUUCUCUGCCAGCCUCUCCAUUCAGCGAGGGUAGAUUCUUACCUGCGACACUCAAGACACUUGACAUUUGGAGAUGCAGGGGAGUGGAGUCGCUGGCGGAGAUAAAUGUAGACCGUCUCCAGUCGCUUCAGAAGAUUGUUAUUAGGGACUGCGAGAAAUUGAGGAGCUUACCCCAGGGCCUGCACACACUGUCCCACCUCACUGUCUUGUGGUUGAAGGAUUGUCCUGCUCUGGAGCUGGAGUGCUUCCCUCCUCUUCCACCCGGCAUCUCGAACUUUCGUCUUGAGGGGUGUCCGAAGAUCAAAGCGUUACCUAAUCAGUUGCAUCGACUUACAUGUCUCCGUGAUCUGGAAAUUAAAAGGUGUGAGAGUAUGACUCGAUUCCCCGAUGGAGGAUUGCCGCCCCAGCUACAGGAACUUAGGGUAUGGGAAUGCGGGAAUAUGAAGCAGCCGGUGAGGGAGUGGCUGACCCCCCUCACCUCCCUCGAAGAACUGUCGAUCUACGGCAGCAGCAUUGGAGGAGGAGGAGUGGGAGAGGAGGAGGAUCUUGUGCUUCCGCUCCCUUCCUCUCUGCUCCGUCUCUAUAUCUACAAUAUGCCUAACCUGGAGAGACUGUCCAUCACUCUACCUCCCUCUCUCCGGACCCUAUGGAUCUUCAAUUGCCCGAAGCUGAGGGAGUUGCCCAAGGAUGAGGAUGGCCAUGGCCAUGGCCUCCCUCCCUCCCUUGAAUCGCUGUGGAUCUCAAGAUGUCCGAUCCUGGAGGAGGGAUGCAGGAAAGGGACCGGCUGCUAUUGGCCCCUCAUCCGCCAUAUCCCACGAGUUGAACUCAGUGAUACUAGAACAUUUGAGUCCAUUACUAGUUGAAAAGGUCGGAGGUGGGGGGGCGUGUGUAGGU